AUGGCUGGUCCUAAAAACAGCUCGCCCCCCUCGCCCUCCCAGUCGACGACCAAGCCGCGCCCCAAGAGAGCCCGGGACAGCAGCAAGCACCCGGUCUACCGGGGCGUCCGGAUGCGGGCCUGGGGCAGGUGGGUGUCCGAGAUCCGCGAGCCCAGGAAGAAGAACCGGAUCUGGCUGGGCACCUUCGCCACCCCAGAGAUGGCUGCGCGGGCCCACGACGUGGCUGCGCUGAGCAUCAAGGGCCGCGCAGCUACCCUCAACUUCCCCGAGCUCGCGGAGUCUCUGCCCCGGCCGGCCUCCAACUCGGCGCGUGACAUCCAGGCCGCCGCCGCCAAAGCUGCUUCCAUGGCUUGUCCGCAUUCAAUGCAGUCGUCGUCGCUGUCCCCGUCCUCGUCCUCAUCGUCCCCAUCAUCAUCAUCAAUGCCUAUGCCAUCGUCUUCAUCGUCAUCAAUGAUCGACACGUUAUGGCCACUGGCAGAUGAGUCGACGACGGAGGAACUGACCGAGAUAGUCGAGCUGCCGAGCCUCGGUACGAGCUUCGAGUCGCCAGAGUCGGGGAGCGAGCUUGUGUUCGCAGACUCGUUGGACUGCUGGGUGUAUCCGCAACUUCAGGACGAGGAUUCCGGUCUCUUCAGCGAUCAAUGGUUAAUGGCGGAGAGCGCGAUCAACGCCGGUUUUGAGGACUCUUUGUGGGAUUACUAAUGUCAGUAGCACGUCUCUCUCCAUGCGCAUCUGUUCUCUCUUUCCCUUUUUUUUCUCUUUCAAGUUGUUUCACGUUUCCCUUCACGUUUCCCUUUAGUUCUACAUAUUCGAAUACGACCAACUGUAUAUUUUUUGUAGAAUGUCCAAGUUUUUUCGUGCAGUGCUGAGUUCCGCACGCUGCACUUAUGAAAUGUACAAUUUCUAUCAGAGAAAGGAUGCUUGUAGUCCUGCCAAACAUAGG